CCUCCGCGACAACCAUUCCAUCCUGGUUCUUUUAAAAUCGCCCGGACGAAAACAAAGCUUGCUGUGAUACCCACGUGUUUUCAAAUGAUGAAUGAUGGAGAUGAUGACAGUAACAACAACAGUACAGAAUCUCUGGCCACGCCCCCUGUCUCCGUACAGGUAAUCACUGAUGCCCUCACUACUACAGUAACACAGGAGACACUUUCUGAUGCCAUAGCUCAAAAUGAAGCAUUGACAGUAAAUGAAGUUGAUCCCAGCAAUCUGGUAUCACUGACCUCUACUGACACUGCUACAGAUAAUGAAGACACCAAAGAUGGAAAAUUUGUUAUCGUAACACCUUCAGGCACAGCCACAUUGGGUGUUGGAACAUUGGAACCAUUACCUGAAGUUGAUACUGUAUCAGGGGAACCAGCCUACAAGAGAUACCGCAUGCAGGGUGAAGAUGGACAGUCAUAUAUCCUCACUAUGGCUACUGAUCCACCUGAAAAUAGUACAGACACGAAGCAGUUUAGUGAACAUCAGUAUCAGGCGAAACAGGCAGAACUUACAAGUGAAACAGCUGCAGCAAGGAACUUGGAAAAACGUAACCAGUUGUUGAAGUCGGAUAUCUCCCAGGCAUGGUUCACUACACGUGAUGAUAAAUAUAUCUUACAAAGCUCCGGGGCCACUUGGAAGCAGGGACAGUGGACAAAAGAUGAAAUAGAACUCUUACAAAUGAAUAUUUCAGACUACUGUAGGAGUCACAAUAUCAGCGACCCUACUGAAAUCAUAUUUGAGAUGACCAAAGAUGAUAGGAAACAGUUUUACCGUACAAUAGCGAAGGGUUUGCAGCGCCCCCUCUUCUCUGUGUACAGAAGAGUUACCCGCAUGUAUGAUCAGAAAAAUCACAUGGGCAAAUACAGUUAUGAUGAAAAAGUCAAGCUGAAAGAAUUAAGAGCUAAGCAUGGUAAUGAUUGGGCAACAAUAGGACAGGCUCUAGGUCGUAGUGCAUCGUCAGUGAAAGACAAAUGUCGAUUGAUGAAGGAGACCUGUAACUCUGGUAAAUGGCUACCGGAGGAGGAAAAGCGUUUAACUCAGGCAGUCUAUGAUCUGACUGGAGGCAGGCCAGGUGAAGAUAUAGUACAUGGGUUGUCAUGGGCUCUAGUAGCAGAGAAGGUAAUCACACGGUCAGAGAAACAGUGUAGGACAAAGUGGCUCAACUACAUGAACUGGAAGAUGAAAGGUGGUAAAGAAUGGACGAGGGAGGAGGAUAUGAAUCUCAUUAUCAGGGUUGCUGGUAUGGAAGUAACAGAUGACACAGAAAUAGAUUGGGAUGAAUUGGCAAGGAACUGGGAGAGUGCUAGAUCACCACAGUGGCUAAGAGGAAAAUGGUGGUCAUUGAAGAGGCACAUUCCAGACUACCAAAUUCUGCCUUUUAAUGAAUUACUGGAGAGUAUGAAAACAUUUUACCUACACUAUGUACGUAUACGAAACUCUGCUAAUAGUACUGCCAGGACGAGGAAGAUUGUAUCUUCAGCUGGCCAGACAUUACAGUAUGUACCCAUUGCACUCAAUGGGUUGUCAACAGUGGAUGCUAGUGGUAUAGAUGAGAUGGACUCCAAUGUAGCGUAUGAAGUUCUUCAAGAGCUUCAGGAGCUUCCAAACAGUGGAGGAUCAUAUAUUAUAACCCAGUCCGGAGUUAGUCAGUCACUUCAGACAUCUCUCUCGGAGCAUAUCAUAGUUCAGACAGUGCCAGCUUCUCAGAUGUCUAACUCGGACCUAGAGUUACCUAAUGAGUCUCGUGUUGUUAUACGUGUACCAUCAGCCUCGGACCUUAGUGAAAAUUCACUGGAAACAUCAGAUCUUGGUACCACUAUACAACUCCCUGAAACUAUUGAUCAUGGUCAGCAAGAUUUGGAGAGUCUUACAGAAGAGCAUGUUAUAUCACAACCAGUCUCCCUAGCAGUUGAUUCUACAUUCCCAACACAUGGCCUGGAAGAGGCAGUGAUAUCUAGUCCUGGUGAUGUAGUUAUUGAUAUCAAACAGGAAUCCUAUUCCCAGUCAGCUAGUAACAACGGUCAACUGAUGACUUCCUUUUCAGAUCCUAUGUUGAAUUCGGACAGCAUUAGUUUGAUGGGCUCAGCUUCCGACGUGGAGACGGAGCUCGUACAGAUGUCGUCUUAGAUUGAACAUUGUCAUCUUACAUCGUCCUUUGAACAUGUAUUUCUAUCGCACUAAUAUAAAUGGGCAUUAGAACUAAUGUUUAAGUCCUAGUCUGUAUCUGUACGAAGUAUAAUCUCAAACCCUUCCAGCUUGCUCAGUAGAUACAGCACAAGACGAUUGUGUGGGUGAUUGCUGGGAGAGAUAGACGUUCUUCAUAAAGAUUUGAAAGACAUUGUGUCUGGGGUCAUUUGCCUUCAACCCAAUUUCCUGUGGAGAACAAGUCUCUACUUGUACAGAGUCUAGGAAUACUGGAUAGUAGAACUGUCUUCUGUUACAUUUCUGAAAUGAAAUUAUGUUGAAAAGGCAUCUGACUCAAAUCAAACAAACUAUACAAAUUACCUAAAUUAGACUGUAAAGUAUAGGUUGAUGGAAAUAAACUGUCUAGUCAGUGCGAAGAAAGGAGACUUGUGUUGUGUGCAUUGAGCCAUCAGCUGAAAAUGAUCUGAAUAUUGUAGUGCUCUUUUUUGCCUUUUUUGUAUUAAUUAAAUGGUAAGAAUAUGAAAAUUUAUUUUGUGCUUUUUAGUGAAAAUACUAGGAAUUGUUGGAGAGCUCUUGUUUCUUGAAUAAAGGAUUCAGAAUACUUCCUUUUGAAGUUAGUAUAAACAUUGUACACAUAAGCAAUGUAUCGCUAAUAAUGCAAUCUCAUUGAGAUGCACCGGUAUUCCACAUUCACUCAAAGAAAUAUCCUCUAUCUAGGGCUACAAUACAUUUAAUUUUUUUUUAUACAUUUAAACAAUUAAUGUUAAACUUUGCAGUCAUUUAUUUAUUUAGUUUUUUGCCAGAUCAGCUUGAAGCUUUGUGAAGUUUUGAAGAAGAAAAUUUGUGACUAAAAUGAGUUUAGGACAGUUGCAUCUUUAUAUAUUAUAAGAAAAGUACACAUUUGAGCCGCGCCAUGAGAAAACCAACAAAGUGCGUUUGCGACCAGCAUGGAUCCAGACCAGCCUGCGCAGUCUGAUCAGGAUCCAUGCUGUUCGCUUUCAAAGCCUAUUGCAAAUAGAGAAACCAUUAGCGACCAGCAUGGAUCCUGACAAGACUGCGCGAAUGCGCAGGCUGGUAUGGAUCCAUGCUGGUCGCAAAUGCACUAUGUUGGUUUUCUCAUGGCGCAGCUCAUUUUAUGUUUAGCAGCAUUUACAACAUACAGUCAUGUACUAUAUUGUAACACUUUUCUUGUUAUGUUCUAUAGUUACGGUUAUAAAGUUUGUUUAAAGCAUCAAUCAUGAUUUCAUAUUUUAUUCAAAUGUUUGUUUCAUUCUUCAUUCAUGGGCAGUUGGGGAAAAUCUUGCAUAUGCGUUACCUUGCUAUGCUAUUUAAUUUGAUAUUAUAUUUUGGUCUUCUGUACCAGCCAUUGUUAUUGUAUUGUUAUCCUGUGUAAUAUGUGUUCGAGUGAUCAAGUUAAUAAAAUAUUUCUGUGAUA